UGUGUGUGUGUGUGUGUGUGUGUGUGUGAGAGAGAGUUAGUUUGACUGCGUGUGUGACAGUGUACAGAAGAAUUAGUUUCAGGUGGAUCUGAUGGAGAUGUACAAUAUUUCUUUUCAAAUAAAGAAGAGCAACGAAUGAUUCAUGUAAUCAUGGACGCUGGCAAUUGCACGACUUUCUCCAGAAGUCUGGCGGUCUGUAUGUUCUUACUGUCCACAUGGGCAAUGCGGAUGUUUCUCCAAAACAAUGUAACAGUGAUCUGGAGUAUAUGAGAGACUGUAGAAUGGAGUUGUUGUAUUACGGGGCCAUUGAGCGUAUCAGUUACCAUUUGCCAGGACUUGAUGUAGCUAUCAGCCCUUAAGCAAAGUUUUAGUGACCUUCCCUCCCCCUACCAUUCUUUCCACCCUGCAUUCCUCUGUUCUUGCAUUACCAACCUUUGGGUCUAAUGUUCUCUUGUUUGAGUUUGUUUUGUUUUUGUACUUUCUGUUUUUAUACAUUUUUUUUUCCUUUUGCAUUGAAAGACUAAGGUCCAUACUGGCACGGUUCACAUUUUCUGGACUUGUAUCAUGAGGAAACAGACUUGUAAUGUCUUGCUGGCUUUCGUGGUCAUCAGCUCCAUCACAAUGUUUUACCUCAGCCUUAGUACUAUGGAAUGCAGAAACCCUAAAUCUGGGACCUCUUGGAGUGUAUGGUCUUCAAACCAACGUUUUAGCCUGAAUCGGAGUUCUCCCUUGACCGGUGAGAACAUUCCUCUCAUUUUUGUUGGUGGUGUCCCACGUAGUGGCACCACUCUAAUGCGGGCCAUGCUAGAUGCCCACCCAGAGGUGCGCUGUGGAGAGGAGACUCGAGUCAUUCCCCGCCUCUUAGCUUUGCAGGCCAGCUGGAGCCGGUCAUCCCAUGAGAAAAUGCGCUUAAAUGAGGCUGGUGUGACUGACGAGGUCUUAGACUCAGCUAUCCGUGCCUUCCUUCUGGAGAUAAUAGUGGGCCAUGGUGAACCAGCCCCACGACUCUGUAACAAGGACCCAUUUGCUCUGAAAUCACUGACAUACCUCUCCAAACUCUUUCCAAAUGCCAAAUUUGUGUUGAUGCUGCGCGAUGGCCGGGCCACUGUUCACUCCAUGAUAUCACGCAAGGUGACCAUUACAGGAUUUGACUUGACGAGUUAUAGGGACUGUCUGGUGAAGUGGAACAGAGCGGUGGAGGUCAUGUAUGAGCAGUGCCAGUCUGCACCAGAGGGGAUUUGCCUACCUGUGCACUACGAACAGUUAGUGUUAAAUCCAGAGAAGGUCAUGCAAAAGCUGGUUCAGUUUCUGAAGUUGCCCUGGGACCAGGCUGUGCUUCACCAUGAGCAGCUGAUCGGAAAAGCUGGAGGAGUGUCCCUCUCCAAGUUGGAACGGUCCACUGAUCAAGUAUUCAAUCCAGUAAAUACAGAGGCCCUGUCUAAGUGGGUGGGAAACAUCCCAGAUGAUGUAGUGAAACAAAUGGCUGAAGUUGCACCCAUGCUAAAACGUCUAGGAUAUGACCCUUUGGGUAACCCUCCAAAUUAUAACAAGCUUAAGCUUAUACCCCUGAGAAACCCUCAACUGCUUAAGGAAGCCAAAGAAAACACAGAAGUGUUGCAACCAAGCUGAUCUGUGCUGAAUUUGACAUGAAAGACUCAUGUCAUGCACAAGUGAAUUCUACAUUUAAGUUACAGAAAAUAACCUUUGGAUACAGACUUUAAUGCUGUGAAAUGUUGACUGAUACCUCAAAAUCAGAAGGGCUGUCAUUUACAGAUAAGGGAUUAGUUAUCACCUACAAAGUUAAAGAUGUGUUAGUAUUUUGGGACAGUGGUAGCCUAGUGGGUAGGGCUUAGGGCUAUCAACUGCAAGAGUCUGAAUCCCAGCUCUGCCAUUCAGCCACUGUUGGGUCCUUGAGCAAGGCCCUUAACCCUCUCUACUCCAGGGGCACUGCAAUGGCUGACCCUGCACUCUGACCCCAGCUUCCAAACAAGCUGGGAUAUGCAAAGAAAGAUUUUCCUUGUACUGUACACCUGUAUAUGUAUAUAUGACAAAUAAAGGCAAUUUAUUCUA